AGAGUCGGAGAUGGAGUGGUCAGGUCGUACUCGUCGAAUCCAGCGUCUGCUGCUAGCGCUGACUGUCGCUGCGCUAUGCUGCUGUUCGCCAGCGUCAGCAUCUCAAGCAUUUGGCUUAGGCAGUGUACAAGCAUCGCUAGGGAUCAACGUAUUUGACAUCACUCAAUGUCCAACGUCAGGUCUAGUCUGCGACGUACUACCCACUCCGGCACAUGCCUCGGUCAAGCUCAGCGGCGACGGCGAUGGAAGGGUUGCCAUGACGAUCACGUGCGCGCCCGGCCUGCACGUGGUGGGCAGUGCGCACAUGGUGUGUCAUCCCCACGGCAACGGAAGGCCGGGCGGUGUAUGGCGUAUCGAUGCCAGCAACACCAGCAGGCUGGCCACGACUCCUGUUUGCGCUGAAUGUCCAUCCAGCGAGUUCUCCCCGUCCCCGACACGGUCUUGCUAUAAACUCGCACAGACCCGGCGAGGUCAGUAUGUCACCUACAAGUUGGCUAUGCAGCUGUGCAGCGAGGCUGGCGGAGCGCUGGUUGCCAUUGACGACGAGGCGGAGCAGCAGGCCAUCGGCAACCUCGUGGAGCAGACACGGCGCAUCAGAUCGCGCAUACGUGACAUCAUCAUUGGCCUUGUUGACCGAGGUGGCAGUGACUAUCGCUGGAUACACCAUCCGGCCGAGAAACCCGCCUACACGAACUGGGAGAGAGAUCACCCGAAGACCGGUCUGAAAGCUGUCGUAAUGGAGUCCGAAGGAGCCGAGUGGAUCUCCGUCAAUGACUCCUUCAUCUACGGUGACUAUCUCUGUGAACAGAAAGCAAUUAUUCGUUGCGACGAUCCAUCUCCCGUUGCCAAUGGCCAGCUGGUGUACACGACCCGCUCUCACCCGUAUCGUGUCAACUACGCCUGUGACCCUGGCCAUACGCUGAUAGGACCCAGGGUGUUUCAAUGCGGUGCUAGUGGACAGUGGACCAGUGCCGAUGGCAAGAACAAACUUCCUGUUUGUCAGCCUGUGACAUGCCCGACCCCGCACCACCUCAACAGAAUCGGUAUCGUGUCGCGCCACGACGAGACAGUGACGGCGUUUCCGUACGGCUCUGUCAUCGAGUACAGCUGCGCCACCGGCUACAAGCUCAAACACACGCACGCCAACCGCACCAACAUCGUGACCAAGUCCAACGGCUACCGAUUUGCCAGCAUUGAGUGCCAGGCGAACGGACAAUGGUCGGAUCAUUAUCGCCAUCACAUACUCAAAUGUGAAAGCUGCAGUUGCUGGACUGCGUACACGAGUGCUGAAGUGUGUGACUGGGUCAGUGGCCAGUGUCUGUGCAGUGAUGAGCUGAACGCCGAGGGAAAACACUGCACAGAAUGCAGAGAUGGCUAUUACCGGCCAGGCACAGAUCUCAGUAAGUCAUGUCAGCCGUGUAAAUGUGGAGUGGCCACACAGCGUGGUAAUGUCUGCCACAAGAAAACUGGCAAGUGCAACUGUGUUCCGGGCUGUUUCGGAAACUGCAGCAUUCCUCAGUGCAAUUUGUACUGUGAUGGCGAAGACCUGGACACGUUGCAGGGAGUAUUCGAAUGGCCCAAGACGGGAGUGACGGCGGUCGCCACACACGAUUGUCCGCUCGGUAUCAGCAGAGUAUGCAAUGACAGCGGUAUGUGCCGAGGUAUGGCUGAGCGGAGGUGUAUAAUCGAAAACGGCAUGGCAACGUGGCAGCGAGCGGAGACAGACGAUUGUAGCUAUGCCGACCUGCUCACCGAGCAAAUCAACAACCUGCAAACGGAGAAUAUCUCCGCGAAUAAUGCAGCGGACAUCGCCGAUAAGCUGAGCUCCGUUGCGAACAGCAAACCGAACAUUUCCUCCGCCGAUAUCUCCAUCUCCACCUCUCUGCUGGAACGCGUGGUGUCUACAAGGUCCAGUGACGUGAAAGUUGGUGUUGGAUUACUGAGCACUGUGUCAGCAUUGGGCAAUGCCAGUACAGAAGUGCUGGCUGAGCAGGGUGAAAGCAACACAACUAACAGGUUGCUAGCAGUGGUGGACGACUACGCACUAAACACUCCUCUAAACCCUGGCGAGUCAUCCCGUCGCAUGGACGUGUCCGGCAUCGGUAUGAUGUUGCAGGAUGUGGACCCAGCGGUGGUCGAUGACUCCGUGCAGAUCGUAGACCCGAACGUGGCCGCAAGCCUGCCGGACGACUUGUUCAACGACGGCGACGUCAACCAUAAGAUCCGUCUUCAGGCUACUGUAUUUGCCGACUCGUCGCUAUUCGUUCGUAGGAUCCGUAAUCCAAACUUGCCUAUCUAUAAUGUGGGUGAUGACGCGUCAACGACCGAUUCUCCAGUGACAACCGACCAGGCUGUGGACCAUCGCGUGUCCAGCAAUAUCCUUUCUCUAACCGUUGCCGACUAUGAUCCCAGGAAACCACUGAAACGGCCUAUCAACCUGACCUUCACCCAGCCAACUCUACCUGACAACCAGGCGAGAAAUCCAUCCUGCGUGUUCUGGAACUUUAGUCUGAACGACUGGUCCUCUGAAGGCUGCACGCUGGUCUCUCAGAGCAGCGGAAACGUGGACUCUGACGAUGCUCAGUCUACGCUCACGUGCGAGUGCACGCAUUUGACGCAUUUUGCCAUCCUAAUGGACUUCUCACCGGACAAGACAUCCAAACACACAGUGGUGUUGCAGUGGAUAACGUACAUUGGUCUAGCGCUGUCCUUGGCCGGUCUCAUUGGAACAUUCAUUGUCUUUGGCUGCUACCCUAAGCUGCGACGUCAGCAGCAGAUGCAGAUUCUCCUGCAGCUGUGCAGUGCCUGGACCGGUGUCAUCGUGUCGUUCAUCAUCGGCGGAGAGUUGGCCGACUAUCCCGGUGCAUGUGCUACAUUUGCAGUCUUCACUCAUUACUUCCUGCUUGUGGUGUUCAUGUGGACUCUAGCCCAGGCCGUCUUUCUCUACAUGGCGCUGGUACUGGUCUACACCGAAGGUGUCAAGGCAAAGUUCCGCAAGGCCAUCGUCGUCUGUUGGAGUGUACCCGUGCUUAUUGUAUCGAUCACACUCGGUGCUACCAAAGCAGAGGCUUACAUGCCCAACCCGGACAAGGUUAAUGUGUGCGUUCUGAAUAUCGUCAACGCCAGGGGUGCGUUCAUUGGCUCCUAUCUUGUGCCGAUCUGCCUGAUCCUUGCCGCUAACCUGGUCCUCUUUGGCCUCGUCCUGAGGCGCAUCAUUAAGCCACGGCCCGGUAUGAAGAAACGGCAGCUGGAAGAUCACAAGCGCGAUUUGAAGAUCUCCAUCUCACUGGCCGUGUUGCUCGGUCUGACCUGGCUGACGGGCAUUGGUAUAGUCGGUGAGGCUCGUGUAGCCUUCUCCUACAUCUUCACGUUCCUCAACGCCUUUCUGGGAUUCUUCAUCUUUGUGCUGCACUUUGCGCUGCGCGGCGAGGUGGUGGACGAGUUCAAACGCAGUGUCAGCAACAAGCGCCAGAGCUUCGCCAGCACGCGGUCCAGCACUCUGCGCAAGACGUUCCUGUCGGAUACCAACUCGCGCAGCGGCGGCGGUGGCGGUGGUGAUUCAUCGUUCACCUCCAGUACGGCAUCCACUACCGGCGCCUGGCGACCUAUAAAGUCCGUGGUGCCGCAGACACAAGGGAUCUCCCCCGGCAACGCUCGCAAGGGCUCGCUUGAGUCCACCGAGUCUGGCGACAGCUCGGCAAGCGACCCGGUGUCUCAGACGCGUACGAUCUCGCCGGAAAAGCAGUACCUCAGCGGGGACGACGCCACCAAGCGACCCCUCGCCACCAUUAAGUCCGAUCCGGAGCUCGACAAUGUGUCCUCACCGUCGGUCCAGGCAGGGGAGCCAGCGCCUGCAACUGAUGUCGAACGCAAGGUGGUGUUACCUGCGGACGAUGAUGAUGGUACGCAGAGCUGUGCGUCCAGCAGCGAAGCAUGAAUCCUGUCCCUUACUGAUGUCCGUACCACCAAACUGGACAUUAGUAUGCAACUGAACUGUCAAACUGAACAAUUUUCAAGGGAACGCUGUUCAACGUAAGACUUUACAUGCUCACUUGCUGUGCGAGCAAGCAGAGUAAACGUUAGUUUAUUAGUAAGAUAAACCAAACCAUCUGCAGACAUACUUCAAGUAAUAGCGAGUACUUCAGUUAGGUCAGUGCCAUAUGUUGCAUGCAGUGCUGUGCGUAAUAUUGCUAGCUGCCCUUUAAUGACCGUGUUGACUUGGUUAAACUCUUAGGCAUGCUUGUUGUUGAAACACCAUACCCCAUGAUGAUGAAGCUGGGUCUUCAAUGCAUUCCGUAGCUCUCUCCCUCUCUCCCUCUGAGCAUGUGACAUUGCCUUGAAACCAACCGCCGCCUUGAAUCUCACUAAGCUGCCGUAAGCGCGUGUCCUGUGUUUCUAAGAAUUGGUGUCAGCAGGGCUGAACCCUGCAUGCCGUGCGCGCUCCCUUGAUCUCUCUCUCUCACUCACUCUCUCUUUCCAUCUCUUUGAUGCUUUGCUUCUGUUUGUUGGCCUCGUUUCAACCGUCUAGCUAGGCAUGACAGACCUGUGUGAUUGUGCGCAUGAGUCGUACCGUGAGCUCUGGGUCCUUUGAAAUCCGAUCCAUACCAUAUGUCCAUUCUUUGCGCACCGCAUAUAAUUAUUUCGUAUUCUGCCUGCAUCAGUCAUGCUGGUUCCGUUCUUGCUCCACUUGUUUUGUCAGCUAUUUUUGCAUUCCCAUGAUUGGCUCCGAUGUUCAAAUGCCUGAGACGCGAUGAGUCCAGGCUGGUCAGAACUUUGCGUCAUA